AUGGCCGCCGAGCGCGCCGAGCUCGCGCUGGUCGCGGAGAGCGGCGCGGCCGCCCCGCAGCCGGUCGGCCAGCAGGUGCUGAACACCCCGAGGACGCGAGAGGCAUGCCGAAGGCUUGGCCUCGUCUUGGAGGACCUGCAGCACAGGGACAAGAGCGAGUUCGCCUUGCCAGGCGACAUCAAAGAGAAGCAGCUGCUUCGCUACGAGCACAACGAGAAACGCCGUAAGAAGUGGCUCGGUGAUGUCCUGGCGGAGCGCGCCAAGGUGAUCGCCCAGGACGCCCAGAAGGGGAAUGCGCCUGGGGUGCAGAGCGGCCAGUUCCUGUCCAUGCUCGAGUCCCUGUUCGACAAGGAGGCCAAGCGCCUGGAGGCGGAUCUGAAGGGGCAGCUGCGCCAGCACAGCUCGCUGGUCAAGGAGAACGAGGAGCAGCUUAAGAAGGAGAGCCAGCUACAGGCCAAGCUGAUGGAGUGCGAGAGGAAAAAGGCGGCCGCUGCAGAACACCAUCAGGUGAACAACGGUCUCGCGGCGAAGGUCAACAGGGAGCGAAGGGCGGGCAAGGCAGUGGAGAACCGCGAGUUGGUGGAGGCGGAGCGCAUAGAGAGGCACGCCAAGAUACAGAACGAGAGGCUGGCCGAGGAGGAGCGCCUGGAGAAGUUCAGGGAGGAGAAGCUGCAGAACUGCAGCGACCAGACCAGCCUCUUCAGGGCCAGGGUCGAAUCGAUGAAGGAGAAGCGCGACGAUCUGCUCAACGAGCGGAUCCAGGCCAGCGAGCAGAGGCUGCAGGAGAUGGACAGGAAGAUGAUGGAGGUGCAGGCCCGCCGCGAGGAGGACGCGAAGCUUCGCCAGGUGCGCAGCGAGGAGCAGCACCUCCACCUCAUGGACGUGCGGGAGUCCAAGAACCGCAUUGAGCGUGUCGAGGGCUACCGGCGCGACGAGCUCCGCGGCCAGGUGGAGGGCAACAUCGAGCGCAUCGAGACGCUCCUGGCGCUGAAGGACCAGCUGAUCGACCAGCGCAAGGCGCGCAACAUGAAGCAGGACGCCACGAAGGGCUCCCGCGGCCUCAACCUGCGGCGGGACUGCCUUCCUGGCCCCGGGCAGUACGAGGCCCCGCAGAGCACCCUGCUGGACGCCAAGACGGGCAAGAUCGGCAAGGAGGCCCGCGUGGGCAUCCCGGACGAGAGGUGCGAGGCGAACAAGUACAACCCUCCGCCAGGGUACUACGACGUGAAGGUCUUGGCCAACGGGAAGUCCGUCGAGACGACGUCCAAGCCGCUGAAGUUCAGCGACCGCCAGCGCGUGUCCUACCUGGACCAGGCCAUCAGGGACAAGUCGGACGUCCCGGCGCCCGGCGAGUACGAGCAGAAGGCGGCGCUGGAUCGCAGGGGCGCCGUCAUCGUGCGGGACAAGAUCCAGGACCAGGGCCUGGACAAGUUCUCCGCCAAGAGGCUCCCUGCGUGGCAGAGGCCGGCCACAGAGACGCCUGGGCCUGCAGGGUACAACACGGACGCCUACCUGCGGAAGGAGGUGCUCCGCCGCGUUCAGCGCUCGCUGCCGGACCUCACCCGCGACAUGCUCAGCGGGCCGCCGGUGAAGGCCCGGUGA